CGCCGCUGCUGCUGCUGCUGCUGCGGGACUGAAGCUGUAUCUGCUCGCUUGUUCUCAACCAGUCAGCAGCAGCAGUGGUCGGACCGGAGUAUGAUCGCUGUCCGGAGAGCAUAGAUGUGCAAAACCCCUGGAAUAUCCGUGCGCUGGAGAGGCCAGAACCGACCACCGUGGAGGACUGUCUUUAUCUAGUCGUCAAAAGGGAAAGAGCCACGGGGAAAGCAUGGCGGUAGAAGAGGAAGGUCUCCGGGUUUUCCAGAGCGUUAAAAUAAAAAUAGGAGAAGCAAAAAACAUCCCUCCGUACCCAGGGCCAAACAGGAUGAGGGACUGUUACUGCACUGUCAACCUGGACCAAGAAGAAGUCUUCAGGACCAAGAUCAUCGAGAAGUCACUUUGUCCGUUCUAUGGGGAGGACUUCUAUUGCGAGAUCCCACGUAGCUUCAGACAUCUCUCCUUCUACAUCUUCGACAGGGACGUCUUCAGGAGGGACUCCAGUAUCGGGAAAAGUGCACCUGGAGCUGCGUCUGAGUGAAGUCAUCACAGACAGUGGAGUCAUCAACCAUAAACUAGCCACAAGAGUGUUGGAGUGCCAAGGACUUCCAAUUGUCAACGGCCAAUGUGAUCCCUACGCUGCUGUCUCCCUACUAGGACCUUCAAGGUCGGAAGCCAAGAAGACCAAGGUGAAGCGGAAAACAAACAAUCCACAGUUUGAGGAGGUUUUCUAUUUUGAGGUGACGCGGCCAUUAAGUUACACAAAGCGGCAGUUUGACGUUGAAGAAGAGGAUGUUGACAAGCUGGCCCUGAGGGUGGAUCUGUGGAACGCCAGCAACCUGAAGUUCGGGGACGAGUUCCUGGGAGGUGUGCGUGUUCCUCUCCGGGUCCUGGGUCAAGCUGGGGUCCACGACGCAUGGUACUUUCUCCAGCCCAGGGAGAACGGAGGAAAGUCGGUGAAGGUAGAAGAGCUUGGCUCUCUGCGUUUGAACAUCGUUUACACUGAGGACCACGUCUUCCCCUCUGAACACUACACUCCCCUCAGAGAUCUGCUGCUGCACUCUGCUAACGUAGGGCCUGUGUCAGCGUCCACGGCUCAUAUUCUGGGGGAGGUGUGUCGAGAGAAACAAGAAGCUGCCAUUCCCCUCGUGCGCCUGUUUCUUCACUAUGGCAAGAUUGUGCCUUUCAUCAGCGCCAUCGCUCACGCUGAAGUCAACCGCACACAGGAUCCUAACACCAUUUUCCGGGGAAACUCGCUGACUUCCAAGUGCAUCGAUGAGACCAUGAAGCUGGCAGGAAUGCACUAUCUGCAAGUCACACUCAAACCCAUCAUAGAUGAGAUCUGCACAGAACAUAAACCCUGUGAAAUCGACCCGGUCAAGCUCAAAGAGUCGGAGAACCUGGAGACGAACAGGGAAAACCUUCGUCAUUAUGUAGACCGUAUCUUCAAUGUUAUCACCACCUCUGGUGUUCGCUGUCCGACCGUCAUGUGCGAUAUCUUCUUCUCUUUGAGAGAGUCUGCUGCCACCCGUUUCCAAGUCGACCAAGAUGUCCGUUACACGGCAGUGAGCAGUUUUAUUUUCCUGCGUUUCUUCGCUCCAGCCAUCCUCUCCCCCAACUUGUUUCAUCUACGGCCGCACCAUCCAGAUCCCGCCACCUCUCGAACCCUCACCCUCAUCUCCAAGACGAUUCAGACCCUGGGAAGUCUCGCCAAGUCUAAAUCUGCCAAUUUCAAAGAGUCUUACAUGGCUGCAUUUUAUGACUACUUCAAUGAGCAGAAAUAUGCAGACGCUGUGAAGAAUUUCCUGGACCUGAUCUCCACCUCUGGCAAAUGGGAUCAGAAGAGUAUUGAAACACCAAUCAUGCUCAAAGAGGGAUUUAUGAUAAAGAGAGCACAAGGGAGAAACCGUUUUGGAAUGAAGAACUUCAAGAAGAGAUGGUUUCGCCUCACCAACCACGAGUUUACCUACCACAAAACCAAAGGUGAGGGAGCUCUGUGCAGCAUUCCCAUAGAGAACAUUCUGGCUGUAGAGAGGCUCGAGGAGGAGUCUUUCAAGAUGAAAAAUAUGUUCCAGGUUAUUCAGCCGGAGCGGGCACUCUACAUCCAGGCCAACAACUGUGUCGAGGCACGUGACUGGAUCGACAUCCUGACCAAAGUCAGCCAGUGCAACCGCAAACGUUUAAGCACCUACCAUCCUUCAGCCUACCUCAACGGCCACUGGCUCUGCUGCAAGCUCUCAGCAGACACAGCCCCUGGGUGUACGCCCUGCACUGGCGGCCUGCCAGCAAACAUCCAGCUGGACGUAGAUGGAGACAGAGAGACUGAGAGGAUUUAUUCCCUGUUCAGCACAUACAUGACCAAACUGGGCAAGAUGCAAGAGGCCUGUGGCAGUAAGUCUGUGUAUGACGGCCCCGAACAAGAGGAGUACUCCAGCUUUGUCAUCGAUGACCCCCAGGAGACUUACAAAACCUUGAAACUGAUUGUUUCAGCCGUGCAGACCUUGGAGCAGCAGCACACCAAGUACAAACGUGACAAGUUCAAGAAGACAAAGAUAGGCAGCCAGGAGCAUCCGAUCGGAGACAAGAGUUUUCAGUGCUACAUCCGCCAGCAGUCUGAGAGCUCCACCUACUCCAUCUAGCCAAGGCCCUGCGUACUGUUUCUAUGAUGCCCAGAACCAGCAUAUUUUUUUUUACUGCAAAGAAAUCCAUCUUAUCAGUGCUCUGAGUCUGGGGUUGAGUUUUAAAUCUUUACUUUUCCUUAAAACAAGAUAUUAAUCCAUGCUUGGAAAAUGUUCUUCAAAAAGGAAUAUUUGACUUUUUUAAAAUACAUUUCUGGAAGCAGGUGAUGCUGUUUUUCACCUGACUGGCUUAUUUGUUCAGUUUUAAGGAAAAUAAGAGUUUUAAAGGUCAAUACCAGACUGAAUGUAUGUGUGGAGAUGGCCAUUUUAUGCAGUGUGUCAAGGUGCAUCACUCCAAAUUUUGGAGAACAGACCUCAGACCUCAGCAAGAAUAAAAGAGGAACAAUUGUGGAGGAAAGGAAGGAUAUGAAUGAAGACAUAAUCGCACCAUGCAUCUAUUGGGGUCUCCUUUCUGUGAUGUGAUGAGAGAACAAACAAACGUUUUCACUGGACAGUUUUGACAGUGACCAACACGCACUUUAAUUGCCUCCAAAUCUAUGUAUGAACAAGCCUCGCAGCACACUUUCAGAAAAGCUUAUUUUAUCUGUUUGAUUUGUAUUUGGUUAUUUUAAUGGUUGUUGAAAUUAUCCGUUGUAUUUCAUUCGAGAAGGAAGGAAGGAAAGAAGGAAGGAGUGUAAUUUUCCCGUCUUUGGGUGGUGUUGUCCCCAUGUUCUUUUUUAGUUUUUAUCCCCCAACCUCCUCAGGAAGGCUGUGAAGGUCAAGGGCACACAUAAAGGGAUUGUCGGGACCAAGCACAGCCAAGAGCUUGACGUUAGCUAUCACAGACAAUUUUAUCCCUCAUUUUGAAUCCUUCCAUCAAUGUGCUAACAGAUGUAUAGGUUUAAGUUUUCAUGUUUCAUUUAAAGCCUUGUUCUGUUGCGGUUUGAUAUCGUGGCCCUGUGUAACCAGUAACUGGGUUAAAGGAAUCGCUUGUUUUUCUUUCUUUUUUUCUUCUUACACUGAGUCGGACAAACUUCAUGGAUGCCUUUUUUGUAUUUUUGUAUGCGGUUUGAAGGUAUAUUGAACAGUUUGCUUAAGUAAGACAAAAUACACUUAAUGGCAGAUUAGUUGAACAAAUAAAUUAGUUUAUGUCCAACUUCAAAACCAGUUUCUGUAGAUCAGUGCCAGAUUUCCCCGGAAGAACAAAUUUAUUCAGUAAAAUGUAUUGUGUAAUCACAAUGUAAUAUACGCAAUAUUCACUCAUUGGCCACUUUAUUAGGUAUACCAGUACAAUCUAUUGCACAUCUAUACAACAGCUCUGCCCUAAAUUCUAUAUUCACAAAGUUAUAAUAUAAUAUAAUAAGAAUUAAAAUAUUCUGUUUUUGGUGACAUUGUCGGAAACGUGUAAAUUCUAAUAUGUUUAUUAUUUAGGUCGUAAUUAAAGGUGCUGUUGUACUGAAAUAGCUCUGAAUAUAAAGCAGUCCAGUACAACACCACCGAUAACUAUGACAUCAAUGCUUUAAUUACCACCUCAAUGUCAGUGUCCCAAAGUACUGAACAUAAAGGCACCAUAAAAGAAGACUUUAUGACAGAACAGUUGUAUUGGAUUGCAUUAGAUUUUACAGGUGAACCUAAUAAAGCGGCCCCUGUUGGUCUGUAAUUCCUGGAAAUAUUUGUAUUAGUAAUUCCUAGAAAAGUAGCUUAAUUUAACUGUUGCAGGUUCCUAUGCAAUGUAUAUUGCCUCUUUUAACAGGUUGCUUGUGUUAGGCUAAGAUUGCCAUUCAACAUACCCUCAAACUGAAAGCAGCCAUAACAAAAGCAUAUGUUUGUUUCACUCUGUGCAAGUGGAAAAAGUAGUUAAAGCCAAACGAUCCCUUCAACUUUCACAAAGCAGAAACUAUGUGUUAGCACAGCUCAUUAACAAGGAUGGUUUUAGCUUAACUUCUAAUUAAUCAAUAUACUAACAUUUUAACCAGUCUCGUCUUCAAGUUAUGAUUGUGAAAUGGGUAGUGUGUUACUGGUUGUGUUGCCCUGUUGGCUGCCUAAUAAUGUAGAUCUCCUGUUUUUGUGAGUUCAGCUCUGUCUUACUUUGGCAAAGCUGCACCCCUGUAGUUUAAAACUUAUUUAUGUGCAUUCCUCUGAGAAACUGCCUGCUGUGAAUCUUACCCAUCAGCACCCCAGAAUCUGUUGAAGGUACAAGAUUGAGUGUUGUUAACCAGUUGUGUUGUUCCAUGCUUCCCAAAGGCAACCACUCAUUAGCGUUCAUAUUCAUCAGCACUCAUUAUCGCCAAACCAGUGUAUGUGAAGUAUAGUUGUAGUCACAGCGAUGGUAGCCUCCACAGUCGCUUCUGCGCAACCAGGUGACUAUAAACGAGAAUCUUUUGUAUUUUCCAAAACUGAGUACUUAGUUAUGUAGCCUCAUGGGUGUUCCCGUGAUCACAGGAUCCCAAACAGUGCCAGUCAUCACUUUUAUAAAAUUCUCUUUUUUGAAAAACAAACAAAAAAAAUCAUUGUUUGGAUAUGUUUUUUUUAUAUAUAUAUAUCUCAAAACCUAUACUGUUUUAAAAACAGACGAGCAAUUAUUCAGAUGACAUCUUUUUCUUUGUUGAAUAUGUUGAUCUGCGAACUGUAAGGAAGGUUCGCAACUGUUUGACUCUGUUUUCUAUCUUUGUCUUGUCAUACAGAAAUAUCGCUGUGUAUCUGAAUUGAAUGACUGAAGUGUGCGUGUUUCGUGCGUGUUUUUGAGUGUAGUAUGUGCAUGAGUGACUGACAUGACGGGUUGUAUUGCCAAUUGAAUUAACCCAGUGUUACAGGUCAAGAAAGGCAUAGUCCCACUUGUUAAAAAAAGAGAAAAUCACUGCCUGUAAUAUAAAGACUGUAGUAGGACUAUGGAAACACUGUUUUGCUCUACUCUGGCCUGAUCUAGUGUAUCUCCUCUUUCCUCUUCUAUAGAACCACUGUUCCGUUUCGAGGAACCUUUGCCAAUAUAUUCUUCCCAAACAUUUUAUGUAUAUAACAACACUGAUGAAACAUUAAGAGAACAGCAUUGCUUUAACCUCUGAACUUUGGUGAGUGUUUGUUUCCACCAGUUACUAACUCUCCUCAGGUUUAUGAAACUCAGCAGUUUUUUUGCCAAGACCGACUAGACUCGGACUGAAUUACGAACCACCAAACAUCUUUCUCUCUCAUCCCUAACUUGGUAAUCAUAUUUAUUGUCAUUUUCAGGAAAAACUUCCCAGAAACAUCAGCUGAGUUGGUGUGGUAAUGGCAGUUACAGUAAUGUCAACACCUCCACCCCGAAGUCCACAAAAGAAUGGCUUAUGCAAUACUGGUGUUUCAGCAUGCAAUAAUAUUAACAAUCCCUCAAUAAGAUCAUCAAAUUAUCACAAAUUAACUACGCACAUCUGCUGACCUUUUGCAGUAAAAUGCCUCUCAAGAUAAACACAUAUUAUAAAGGGAGAACAGUGUAUUUUUUACAAAUACUUUAAAGGUAUUAAAAGCCUGUUAUAUGUGUACAUAACAGUUGAAUGAAUGGUGAAAAUGUGAUGUGUUUUUUUCCCUGAAUAACUAAAUGAAACCAAUAUUAAUGCAAA